ACACACGGGGAAGGCGGCGCUCUUUUAAAUACCAGGUGAAACAUGAAGGAAGAGGACGAACUUAACCUCACUGUGAUCCAAACGUACGACAAGUAUUGCACACAAAUUCUGGACAAGUCUCCAAGUGCCCAUGUGUAUUCAUUUCAGAGUGAUAAAAAUGCAUGGGCUAAAACGAAAACAGGUGGCAUAUUUUUCUUAUAUAAGCGAUCAAAAGUUCCUUUUUUCGCUUUCAUGAUUCUGAAUCGCAAGAGUCCGACAUUGAAUCAAAUUGAGUUAGUGACUGCAAGUUUACAGCUCCAGCUACACUGCCCUUUUCUUUUAUAUAAGACUUCGAAAGGGGAUAUAUUUUCCAUUUGGUUCUUCUCUGGUUCAGAUUGUGAACGCAUCUCAGAAAAACUUGGCAAACUUGUUCACGACGCUGGUGGAUUAGGAUUAAAGAUAGCUCCUACAAGCCAAUCCACAAAUUCCAAAUCUAAAUCUUCCAAUUCUGUAAUGAAUUCUAUGGUAGCUGCUCCUAAAUCUCCAGAAACAGUUACUAAAGGAUUAAAUCAGUUAAUGGAUUUCGUUCGUGCGUCCACUGAAAAUUCCAAGGCAAACUCUUCAAACCCAUCAAAAGUUAAUGACAAUGUAUCUAAUCAUUCCGAAGGACCAAGUAUUUUUGACAUGUUACACAAGGCAGAAGCCGAUUUUAAUUCAGGCAGUAAUCGAAGCGUAUCACAAUCAGACAUAACCGUCAAUAAUGAACUACAACGUUUCCGUACAGCUUGCAAUCUUCCAGUUUCAAAUGGAAAUCAUUCAUUCAGCAAUCAUUCUGGACUAGGUUCUAGCGGAGUUUCAAGUAGUAAGAAGAAUAAACUGAGUUGUGGGUCAUCUCAGAUUGUCAAUCAUAUUUCUGUUGCUGAACUUGAAGAACAGUUACUUCAGGAGCAUAUAUCUCUUCCUGAAAACCUUGAUGAGCUAACAUCACGUUCAAAGAUAUCCGGUGAAUUAAAAACAGUUGUCGCUACCGAUGAUAGUUCUCCAGAUGACCAGGUUUUAUCACAUAUUUCAACCAUGGCGUCUCCUGCAUGCUACCUUCAAGGACAUAAAGAUACUCGUGUUGAUCGAAAUCGCCGCCUUCUUAGUGAUGAUGCUGGUUAUGUGGAUGAUGUUGAUGAUGAGGAAGCAUGCGAAGACCCUUGUGGUCGUGGUUUACCCAAAAGCUAUGGAGUUGGCCAACGUAAACAACGACGGCAUAUCCGUCAGCAACAAGACAAUUUUUCAGAUGAAAUACAUUCACCAUCUAAUCGGUCAGUUAAUCGAAACAAACUCUCGAAUAUCACUUCCAAGUGUAAAACGAUUAUAGGAGAAGACACACUCGUUACACCUGAUAUGUUAACCAGCAUCCCAUCAUCGAUUUUCCCCGGAUUAAUGUCCGAAUUUAAUUAUGGUAAACAUACUGUAUCGAGCCCUUUUUCAGAAAAUAAAUCCCCCAUCUCGACAACAGAAAAAUCUGCGAUGAAUGAAUAUCUUACGAAAGAUCAAUUAAGAGAAACACUAAUUCAUUUGUUACAAACAGAUGAUGAUUUCGUGCAUCGUAUACAUAUUGGUUAUGUUAAUGUAUUAGAAAAACGAUUGCCCAGGAAGUAGAAAGUGCAAUUUUCCUUAUCUGUACUUAUUGUUUUUAGUUUUAGUUGGAUCAAUAAAGCAGAGAUAUACAAGGAUUAAUUAACUAAUCAGCCAACUGUAUGUAUUAUGUCAAAAUUAGAUUAUGUUAAUUUUAUUUAAUCAAUUUAUAUACUUACUUAUUGCAUAAAAAAGGAAAAAGGAAACGAAUGAGACAUGCUCUGUUCAAUUUUGUCGUUGUUUCUGUUCUGGUUGUUUUUAUUUCAGUAUAAAUUUGGACAUUUCGUUUUUUCGUUAGUGAUAUCUAUUAUCCUUUGACGGUUGUAAUUUUCAGGCAUUUAUUAUUCUAUGCGUUUAUCUUAUGUAAAAAUAAGCCCAUAUACAUGAACAUACAUAUUGUGUACAUCUUAUUAUUCAUGUGAGAAUACGUCAUAUAUGAGAUGUUUUUCUAUUGUUAUCAAUAAAUAAAUAGUUGUUUUUCUUUUUCAGGUUUCUACAGAUAGUAUCUUUUAUCUACCAAUUUCCCAUAUGUUGUAAUGUAUGUUUAUUGGUUUUGUUAAUUAAACUGCUCAUUCUUCGUCUGCAAUAAUGUUUUCAAGAAAAAUAUUUAUUCGAAUAAAAUUGAAGUCAGAAGACCUACUCAAAAACACAGUUGAUCUUUGCUUAUUUAAUCGUAUUGAAUGCGAGAGUUAUCCACGGAAUCAUUAGUUCUAUCUAAUAAAGUUUAUUCGGACUUGCAUAUACAGUUUCUUACUUUUUCAUCUGAAGACAGAUCUUAUCUAACAUAUUUCUCUCCGUGUACAUCAUACUUAACUUCGUCCAAUUGUUUCCUGCUAAUAAUAAUCAGAAGCACGUUGUCC